GCCUUAUCAUGUCUAGAGCACUGGCAGGACUUCACGUUUAAUUUCUGCAAUGCGCAUGUCUAUUGCCAGCAGUCGGUCCCUCUCAGCGCGCAUGCUCCGUGCCAGCACUGGCGUCGAAGUGUUCUCAGUAGCUGCGCAGUCGCAGUGUGUGUCCAGCUAGUGGGAGUUAGCUGUGUAAUGGCGGCUGUGGUGUUGAUGUCUGUCGAGAGUCCCGUUCCCGGGUUCGGGAUCGGCGGCCACAAUAACAGCGGAACCGGAGCGUCUGGGAACGGCCACGGGGUAGCGGGACCCGCAUCAUGGAACCGUUCUUUGGACCGGGCACUGGACGAGGCGUCCGUGACGGGCUCGCUGAACCUCAGCGGCAGGAAGCUAAAGGAGUUCCCGAAAAGCGCCGCAAACCACGACUUGACCGAUACGACUCAGGCCGAUUUGUCCCGGAACCGGCUGUCGGAGCUGCCGAUGGAGGUGUGCCACUUCGUGUCCCUGGAGAGCCUGAAUCUCUAUCAGAACUGCAUCCGGCAGGUCCCUGACUCAGUGCUCAACCUGCAGUCACUCUCCUACCUGAACAUCAGCCGGAACCAGCUGUCCACCCUGCCCGGGUCACUGUGCAGCCUGCCCCUCAAGGUGCUCAUCGCCUGCAAUAACAAGCUGCUUUGCCUGCCAGAGGAGAUAGGACAUCUCCGCCAGCUCACAGAGCUCGACGUGAGCUGCAACGAGAUCCAGACGCUGCCUUCUCAGGUUGGCCAGUUGGAGGCGCUGCGGGACCUCAACAUCCGCAGAAACCACCUGGUCCGGCUGCCAGUGGAGCUUGCAGAGCUGCCACUGGUCCGGAUAGAUUUCUCCUGCAAUAAAAUCACCACAAUCCCAGUGUGUUACCGGAAUCUGAGGCACUUGCAAACAAUUGUACUGGAGAACAACCCUCUGCAGUCUCCCCCUGCACAGAUCUGUAUAAAGGGCAAAAUUCACAUAUUUAAGUACCUGAACAUAGAGGCCUGUAAGAUCGCUCCUGAUCUGCCAGAAUACGACAGAAGACCGGCUGCCUUCGGAUCCUGUCAUGAAGACUUGUACCCCAGCCGGACGUACGGAGCACUGGACUCGGGGUUCAACAGUGUGGACAGCGGGGACAAGAGGUGGUCGGGGAACGAGCCCACAGACGAGUUCUCAGACCUGCCGCUGCGAGUGGCGGAGAUCAAGGAGCAGCGUCUGCGCAGAGAGAGCCAGUACCUGGAGAGCAGGACCGGGACACUCAUAUCCAACGGGGCGGUGGAGCACGACGUGGAGCAGAUUGAUUUCAUAGACAGCUGUCCCACAGAGGAAGAGGAUGAGGAGGCACGCACGCACAGGGGUGCCAAUCGAGACAGCCUCAGCUCACAGUUCAUGGCGUACAUCGAGCGCAGGAUCAGCCACGAGGGCUCUCCGGUGAAGGCCAGCACCACGAGGGAUUCGUUACGAACAGACGAUUCACGGAGAUGCCAUCCCGCCCCCAGCAGGAAUGGUGGAUGUGCAUCGCCAUCUAGUCCCUACAACCAGUGUUCUCACAGAGGCCAGGCCGGGGUGGAGCGAGCCCGCAGAGAGGCCCAGCUGGCAGCACUGCAGUAUGAGGAGGAGAGGCAGAGGACCAAGCAGAUCCAGAGAGAGGCCGUCCUGCACUUUGUCAAGGUAGACCCACCUCCUCCCUCCUCUGCAUUCCCGACUGCCCUGGACUUCAAGCACAAAACAACACUGAGCCCCACAAAGCAGAGUCCCACGGACAGCGAGCGCCUUUUCCCCUCCAGACGUUCUCAGCACACGGACGACUCGGCCCUCUUAGUGAAUGGGUAUCAGCCCCUCAUGGUGUUUGAAAUAGACAGUAACACCAAUACCAUUAAGAGGAGACCAGGAACUCACAAACAGUCUCUCUCUGGGACGUCCCACGAUGGUUGUGCCUCUCACGUCUCUCCUGCAGCAGCAGUUCUGUCCCCCUGCUGUCUACUCCAGCAGAACGAUGAGAGAUCCCCGCUUUCACAGAGUGCGUCUUUCCUCCAGUCAGCCCUCCAAUCACCUCCCUACCCUGGCCCUGCUUCCCCGCCCUCCUACCGAAGCCCCUCCCAUCGCCCUGAGAGCUUCCUGUUCCGCGCGGCUCUGAGAGAGGAGGUCAAGAGAGCAGUGACCCCCACGCUGUCCCCCACGUCCCCCGUCUCCCCCACAUCCCCCAUGUCUCCGGGAUUCGAUUCUGAGGAGCCGAGGAGCCCGCAGAGCGAUGGGGAGCUGGGAGAGGACUCCCCGCUCGCAGAGGAGCUACGCAAGAAUAUCGAGUCCCGGUUGAAAGUGUCGUUGCCUAGCGACCUGGGGGCGGCCCUGACGGACGGAGUGGUGCUCUGCCACCUAGCCAAUCACGUGCGGCCACGGUCAGUGUCCAGCAUCCACGUGCCGUCUCCCGCUGUGCCCAAGCUGACGAUGGCGAAGUGUCGACGGAACGUGGAGAACUUCCUGGAGGCGUGCCGCAGGCUGGGGGUGCCGCAGGAGAGCCUGUGUCCCGUGGGGGCUGUGCUGCAGGGUGACCCCCGCUGCCUGUACUGGACACUGGCAGCGCUGCUGUCUCUCAGGACCCCCCCUGCAGCCCCUGCUUCAGCCCCGCUGCUGGCUGGAUUUGCAGUGUUUUACCUCACUGUGAUGUCUCUGCUCUGCGCACUGUACUACCAGCUCUCUGUGCUCUUCUAGCUCUCUGACCCCUGUCCUUACGGGGAGAGGGACAAGCCACCAGCUGUGUCGGGAGACGAGACAGAAAGUUUGUUCAGAUGUGCAUUCCAGGGAUUUGUCCACCGGGAUUGUGAUCCCAUCCUGUCAUGCAUGUCCAGACCUAGGGCUGUGCAGAUACUGUAACUUGGAUAAGACAUCCUCUUUAAAUAAUAGCACAAUUUAAAAGUACAAUUAAGAUACUAUGAGAUUAGUGCCUUAAAGGUGCAGCCGUUUCAGCCCCAACAUUUUCUUUUUUUGGGCUGGGGGGGGGGGGGAGGGGUUUCGUCUCGAAUAAGAUUUUGGUGACUUUACUCAGGACGCUGUUAAGUAUCACAAGAAACUGAAUUGAAUAAACAAUGAAAUUUGGGAAAUGCCAUUGCUUUCCAGCACCCUCUUCCCCUUCACUGAGACAGAGCAGCUGGUGGCUUGGUCACCCCCCUGAGCCCUGAGAGCAGGGCAGGUUGCUGUGGCUGGCGUCCGCUACGGUUUGUCUUGCUGUGUGUUGCUAUGGACUGCCUAACCUUAUGCAUUCCUCGGAAGUCUUGAGUCUGGACAGUAAGCCUGUUACAAGCCUGGACAACUAACUCCCUGUGGCUUGAAGUGAAGCAUUGUCCGUAGCACUUUAGAGUUCCUGCUGUAGCUCAUUCCUCAAGCAACCCGUGGGUUACACAGACCCCAGCUCGGGUCUGAGCAGAAGAAAGUGUCUCGCAUUUCAAAGGCACCCUGAGCUUCCUUCUCAAGGGGGUUGCGAUGAAUCCUCGGCACAAAACAUCCUCCAGACCUCCACUGUGAACGGCACUGAUGGGGGAAACCUGAUCUGAACUAUCUUUUCGUCUGUUCAGGUUUCAUGCGGUGGGUUGAAAAAUACACAAGUAUUCUCAGAACUGUUCAUGGGCCCGAUGUGAACACGAAAACGUGACCCAUACCAAGCGCCCUGCACUGCGGUGUUUGGAAACUACUGUACUGUUUCAUGUAGAUCAGUAAGACUGGAAUUCAGCCUAUUGAUUAUACAGCUUUCUAUUGCAAUGUGAAGAAGAAAGAAAACAAAAUCCGUAACUGAAAUGCCAUGUCAGUAGUUGCAUCGGAUGAUGUCGUGUUUAAUAAGACAAUAACCGUGAAAAAAAUUUCAGUACGACUGCACCUAAAGAGGAGCGAGUAUGAAUUGUGAAGCAGGGGAGUGUCUGUGUUUAAAUGCGUGAUUCACCAUGUGUGCACGGGGUCAGUUUUUUGCAAAGCUUGGCAAUCCCUGCAAGGAUAUUAAAGGCACAAUCCAAUCCAGGUUUUGUAUCCCCCGAUCCCCUGUGCAUCCUGCUGGAUCUCCUAGCUGCUUCUGACCCAGAGUGAAACAGCCUGUUCUGUAGCUGGCAAUUAAGCUACCAGGUUUUGGUAAUGACUGCUUGAACGAUGAGAGAUGAGAAAUGAUACUUGUGUAUUCUUUCCUCUUUGCAGUAAGACUCCAGUGUGUUCGUAUCGCUGUGAUGCCACAAAGCUGUUGCAAUGAUAUUUUUGUUUAACGUUGUUCCAGUGCCUUUGUGUCCUUCCCUGGUCAUUUACAGAUGAAAUGACGGCGUGUUUGUUCAAACGGGGACACGGUAUGAUAAGGAGAGAUCUGUUGCUCAUGAUGACAAAGUGUUCCUUUUGUAAUGAGCUUUAUCAAUAAAUGCAACCGGUUUGUAACCAGGCAGUAGGGGAGUGUGCAGGAUCCCUGAGGUAUUUGUUUCCUAGCCGCUGUUCAGACAUGACUGUUUGCUUUGCAAAGCAUGUAGAGGCGCCAGGUUGGUGUGUCGGCCGAGCUCAGAGUUAUUCAUAUUUUCCCAUGAUGGACUGCCAGUGGACCUCUCUUUGAGCCUGUGUCUGUAUGCAGAUGUACAGCAGAAAGCAGAGUGCUGAGCGCUGCUGUGUUUGAGCUGCGUUUACAAAGUGUUUUUCUAAAGUGUGCCCCGAGAUGCCUUUGUGAGGUUUUUCCUUAGGAUUUCCUUCCUGGUGAUUCUUUACCCAUUAAAAAUCUCAGCAGUUUUCAUGUGGUGGUGUUGUGAUUCCUGUUGGAAAUAUCUUGCACUGACUCCAGCUCUCCACCCACCCUGAAGUCACCAGAUCCAAGUUCAUGGAUUCUUCUUUAAAUAACUUGCUAUAUAUUCAAUCAUUCAAUCUUUCACUAUGUUUUUUAUUCCAUUUUAUAAAAGUGCACAUUUAGUGUCUCCACCUGGGUUUGAUCUGUAUAUGCAGACUGGUAAAAAAAACAAAUAACAGGAAAAUCCAUCUUCUUUAGUGAAGACAGGUCACUGUGCUGUACAGGGAUACCUCCAAGAAGCUUGGGUUUACAUUAGAUUAUUAACGUCUCUGCCUUUUAUAAAUGCAGUCCACCUAUUAGCACAGCACUGAGCUCCAGUCCUGCAGAACGGAGGUGUUUCUCAACCACUGCACCUCCUCCUCCCCUCCCCUCCCCUCCUCUCCCUCUCCUGCUGUUUUUACUGAGCUUGCAUUUCUUUAGUUUAUUCUCUCAUUUCGUUUCCCUGUCAAGAUGUUAACCAAAAAGGUGUCCAUUUACGUGCGUCCCCUUUGUAGAUAGACGAGAUAAACAAUACAAAUCUAAAGCACAUAAAGCAAUAACUUAAAACCCAUUAAAAUUAGAUCAUUACCUCAUCGGUAUGGAACGCGAAGUAAACUGGACACCAGGGUUAACAGGCUGUAGAAUUUAUACAUUGUAGAUGUAUUUCAUUUAGUUUUUAUUAUAAUUUAUCCAUUCAUUCAAAUCCAUUUUUUUUUUUAUUGUUGCGUUUACCCCCCCCCCCCCCCCUUUAUAU